GAUUCUGGGGUUGGAAAAGUAUCGACAUCAUCGAGUCAUCGGCGGCCCUCACAUUCUCGACACCAGCUUGGCGGGCAUUUCGCCGGAGGCACCGCCGCGAUGGCUCUGCCACUCAGCACGAGAGCAGAGUGCUGGGUUUGGUACAGCCUGGCGAUUGGUGCGGUCGUAAUGAGGUAUCAGUCUCAGUACCUCGUCCGCAAGCGCAGGUUCUUCGACAAGAUGACUGUAGACGACAUGUUGAUGGCUAUAAUAGUGCUGAUAUACACGACCUCAAUAGCCGCUUUGUAUAUCUACUUUGACAUCGUUGCGACGACCGACUUUGAUGCCCUCACUCCGAAUGAGUAUGCCGCAGUUGGUCGUAAGAUGGGAAUACUGAACAUUGUAUCCGAGACAUCGAUGCAAACAACACUUUGGGGUAAUAAGUGUUGUUUACUGCUAUUAUAUAAUCGCUUGACUCUCUUUGGUCAUUAUCAAAAGACUUGGGUCAGCGUUGCAGCUUACACCGGGCUCGCAUACGUGGCAGUCAUCGUUUCACUAUACGGAGGGUGGUGCAGGCCAUUUUCCGAGUACAUGGAGCUUCAGCCAGAAAACACGGAAUGCUUGACAUGGAAGAACUACAACAUAUUGCAAAUUAUGAUGAACCUAUCGACGGAUCUAGUGCUUCUUCUAAUCCCGGUCACAUUAAUUAGCCGGUUGAAGAUGAAAUUCGGAAAGAAACUCCUUCUCAUCUGUCUCUUUAGCAUGGGCGUGUUCGUUAUGCUCUGCGCAAUCCUUACCAAGGUCGCCGUCUUCACCUACUCAACCGACUUCGUCUGGUUUAUGUGGUGCGUGCGCGAGACGAGCACCGCAAUGCUAGUCGGCAACCUCGUCCUCGGAAUGCCCACCCUGCGAGCCGCGUGGCGGUGCGUCUUCCCGCAGAGCAGGAACACGCCUUUGAGGGAUGGAGAAUCCUCUGCGGGUACGGGGGAGACGUACGCGACGUAUAACACGGUGAAGAAGGUCUCCCGCGUCGGUUCGGACGCCUGGUCGGCCGCGGAGCAGCAGCAGCAGCAGCAGCAGCAGCAGCAGCAGCAGCACGGGGGCGGUCCGUCUCAGUGGAACUCGCCUCCCGCCGCCAGGGUCGCGAUCAGUAGCGUCUACACGGAUUUUGAGCUCUACGGGAAGGCUGGGGCUAAGGGAGAGAGUAGGAGGUUAUCGAUGGGGUCGGAAAAUGUAUGAUAGUCGGCAGGGCACACUCGACUGGAUGCGAGGACUGCGGUUUUAUAAUAUUUAAUGUUUGUACGGAGUACCGGAUAUAAAAACGUAUCCAUCCCAUUCCAUGAGACGAGACGAACCAUCUUCGGAAUAGCCGCCUCGUGUUCACUAAACAACCGACUAAGGUUCAUCUAAACUUAAUAUGCCGCAAUGAUUGUAGAUCAUCGCGGCCUGGACACAUUGGCCGCAAGACUGUUGAUCAAUACGGCACCUUCACACUGG